UCUUCGGUUAGGGGACACCCAUCCUCCUCCUCCUCCUCCUCUUCUUCAUCCUCAGCAGCAGUCUUUGUCCUCUGCGCGUCAAUCAUGUCCGCCAACUGGGCCGGCGGGGACCUGCUGCGCGUCCCGCUGGGACUCGUCAACAGCGAGGCCAAGUACUUGACGGCCGAGACGUUCGGCUUCAAGAUCAACGCGUCGGCCGGCAGCCUGAAGAAGAAGCAGACGUGGACGCUGGAGCAGACCGGCGAGGACGGCAGCGUGGUCUUCCUGCUGUCCCACCUGGGCCGCUACCUGGCGGCGGACAAGGACGGCAAGGUGACGGCGGACGCGGAGGCGCGCUCCCCGGACUGCCGCUUCCUCAUCGCGGCGCAUGAGGACGGCCGCUGGUCGCUGCAGUCGGAGCCGCACGGCCGCUACCUGGGCGGCGGCCAGGACCGGAUCACCUGCUUCGCGCAGGCGUCCUCGGCGGCGGAGAGGUGGGGCGUCCACCUGGCCGUGCACCCGCAGGUCAACCUCUACAGCGUGGCGCGGAAACGCUUCGUGCGCCUGGGCGCCGCGCAAGGGGAGGUGUCCGUGGACCGGGACGCGCCCUGGGGGGUGGACUCGCUCAUCACCUUGGUCUACCGCGACCAGCGCUACCACCUGGAGACCUCGGACAACCGCUUCCUGCGCGGGGACGGCGGCCUGGCCGCGGCCACCGAGGCGGACACCGGCUUCGUGCUGGAGUUCCGCUCCGGCAAGGUGGCCUUCCGAGACUGCGGUGGCCGCUACCUGGCGCCGGUGGGGCCGACGGGCACCGUCAAGUCCGGGAAGGUGACCCGGGUGGGGAAGGAUGAAUUGUUCGGCCUGGAGAGGAGCCGCGCGCAGGUUGUCCUCACCGCGGCCAACGACAGGAACGUGUCCACCAGGCAAGGCAUGGACCUGUCAGCCAAUCAGGACGAGGAAGGUGACCAGGAGGUCUUCCAACUGGAGAUGAGCCCCGAAGACAGGAAGUGCGCCUUCAGGACCGCCGCUGGCAAAUACUGGACCCUGACACCCAGCGGUGGACUGCAGUGCACCGCCUCCACUAAGUCCGCCAACUCUUACUUUGACCUGGAGUGGCGUGACGGUCGCGUUUGUGUGCGCGCGGCUAACGGGAAGUACGUGACCGCCAAGAGGAACGGACAGCUAGCUGCAACUGUCGACAACCAAGGCGAGGCGGAGCACUUCCUGAUGAAACUGAUCAACCGCCCAAUCAUCGUCCUCCGCGGUGAGCACGGCUUCAUCGGCGCCCGUAAGGCCGGCGUGGCCACGCUGGACUCCAACCGAGCAUCCUACGACGUUUUCCAGCUGGAGUUCCUCAACGGAGCGUACGCCAUCAAAGAUUGGCAGGGGAAGUACUGGCGUGUCGGCGAUGACUCGGCGGUGUCGUGCAGCGAGGGCUCUCCCACACACUUUCUCUUUGAGUUCUGCGACCUCAACAAGAUGGCGGUGCGUGUGUCGGGCGGGAAGUAUCUAAAAGGAGACCACGCCGGGGGGCUCAAGGCUAUCGCCGACUCCCUGGACAGCGCCACCCUCUGGGAAUACUGAGGAAGCACAGCCAAGCGUGUGUACUGUAUACCUGGUGUGUGACUCAUGUGACUCAUCUCAUUCUUUUCGUCUGCCUUCAUCCAUUAUCACUCUGCUUUUUACUUGCCUGGCACAAAAUACUGGAAGCGCCAAAGUCUAAUUUGUUUCAAUUAAAUAAAUUUUAAAAAUUCCCCAACACAAAUGUUUUACUCCAAAAUAGCCCCAAUGGUACUUUAGAUAAAAGUGUGGAUGUACAUUCAAGUAAACCAUUUAAAAUGUUCCUUUGACAUUCUGAUAAUAAAAUUACAUUUGUGUCCAAAUCAUAGUUUUUUUUUAAAAAAAAGUUAAAAUCGUCAGUCUACCCCAGGGCAUCUGUGGCUACGAAAGUAGCUUACCACCACCAGGUGUGAAUGAAUGAUGGGUUCUACAUGUAAAGCGACUUUGGGUACUUAGAAAAGCGCUAUAUAAAUCCCAGGUAUUAUUAAAAUUAUGCAAGUGAGUAAUAAUAGCCUGUGAUUCAUCGUGAUUAAUCCAAAAUCAUAAAUGUGGUUAAUCGUAAUUAAUCCAAAAAUAAUAGGUGGGGUCAAUCGUAAUUAAUCCAAAAAUAAUAGGUGGGGUCAAUCGUAAUUAAUCCAAAAAUAAUAGGUGUGGUCAAUGGUAAUUAAUUCAAAAAGACAUGUGUGUUUAAUCGUGAUUAAUCUAAAAUCACAAGUGUGCUGAGUUGAGUUGAUACGUCACAAUUUCCAGUUUCUCUUUUCAACAUGUUCGAAAAGGAGUAGGAAGAAGCAGAGUUCACUUAAUCCUACCCCUUUUCUUUUACAUAACAGUUGCUAAAACUUUUGUUCACUUCCUGUUCUCAAUUUAGUCACAAUAUAUUCCAUAAGUAAUGACAAUAAAAAUAAAUAAGUAAAUAAAUAAUACUCAGUGAAGAAAGUUACAUUUUAUAUAGUGAGAUGAGUAAGAUUAUUUUGAAAAUGAAUGGAUGGAUGAAAUAAAUUUAGAAUGUUUAUCAUGGUUCUUCUUUGUACUAAGUGUGUUUAAUCGUGAUUAAUCUAAAAUCACAAGUGUGGUUAAUCGUAAUUAAUGCAAAAUCACAAAUGUGGAUAAUAAUGAUUAAUCCAAAAUAAUUUGGUUAUUUGGGAAUAAUGCAAAUUCAGAAGUGUGGUUAAUUGUGACUAAUCCAAAUUCAGACGUGUGGUUAAUUGAGAUGUAUCCAAUUUCAAAAGUGUGUUUGAUCGUGAUUAAUCCAAAUUCAGAAGUGUGGUUAAUUGUGAUUAAUCCAAAUUCAGAAGUGUGGUUAAUUGUGUUUAAUCCAAAAAUCACAAGUGUGGUUAAUCGUGAUUAAUCCAAUAUCCCGAAUGGGAUUAAUCGUGAUUAAACAACAUUCUAAAGUGUGGUUAAUUGUGAUUAAACCAAAUUCAGAAGUGCGGUUAAUUGUGAUUAAACCAAAUUCAAAAGUGCGGAUAGUGACUAAUCCACAUUCAGGAAUCUGGCUAAUUGUGAUAAAUCCCAAUUCAGAAGUGCAGUUAAUUGUGAUUAACCCAAAUUCAGAAUUGUGUUCUUUGUGACUAAUCCAAAUUCAGAAGGGUGGUUAAUUGAGAUUGAUCCAAAUUCAAAAGUGUGUAUAAUCGUGAUUAAUCCAAAUUCACAAGUGUGGUUAAUCGUGAUUAAUCCACAAUUCACAAGUGUGGUUAAUUGUGAUUAAUCCACAAAUCACAAGUGUGAUUAAUUGUGAUUAA